AUGACUGCUUUGCUGACAGUGAACAAUUUCACCUUCUAUCCGGAACCUCUAGGUUAUGGAGAGCCCUUCGAAAUCACCCGAGGAGCAAUUUUGAGGUCACCAUUUGUCUCAAAAGCAAAUGGCAGUCCCAAAAAGGUAACAAAUUUGACUCCAAAGAAAGGAUAUCACAUAAAGAAACCAAAACUUACACCAAAUAGCAAAAAGAAACCCAAGACUAAUGCUAAAUCAGCCAAGCAGAAGCCAGGGGAGAAAAUGGCCAAACCAGCACAAGUGGCAGAAUCUUCUGAUGAAGAAUACCAAGUGAUCACAGAAAUUGCAGAAGGCGAUGAGAGUGUAACUUUACAUUUAGGAGAGACAGAAAGUUUGGAAAUUGGUCACCAGCUACUAGCUAAAAAUACUGAAGUACAAGUCAAGAAUAAUUUAACUCAUGCCAGUGGAAAAAGAAACACCUUUAGUAGUCCAGGAAGAAAAGAGCUUUACCAGAAAACAGAAAAUUCAGAGUGCAGUGCCAAUACUCAGAGUAUGUUUGUUGCUGCUGGCAGUGUCAGAGAGAGAUACAUUACCAAAACUGGGAGCCCCAAGCGAAUUAGAAUAACAGCUGAAAACAAGAAUGGAAAAAGCUCAGUGAGCAAGAAGAUAGCAGAGCAUUUCCAAAAUGUACAAAAGCCAGUAGUCUCUCCCCAGGAAGAUCAACCUUCACCAAAGGAAAGUCACUCCAUAAAGGUUAAUGAAACACAUAACGGAGAGCAUAAUAACCAUCAAGAAACUGAAAAAAAUAGUUCAAGUAGACAUACUAAUUACGUUUCCCUCAGUCCCGUGGAUUUAAAUGAGAGAGAUAAUCAGUGCAAGGUUAGUGAAACGGUAGUUCAUCAAAAAUCAAAAAGGAAAAGACUAGAGAAGAAUCAGAAUGGUACAGAGGUAAGAGGAAAGGAGAAGCUUAAUGUCCAAAAGAAACAAAUAAAUAAAGAAAGAUCUUGCCAAAAUGAAGUAUUGUUUGUAGCAUCAGGAAUCUUAGAAAACUUUGAGGAAGAUUUUGCUAAACAAACGGAACCUUCAAGUACUUUGUCAAUGAUCUUUCCUACAUUACCUGUUAAAGAAGAGCCAGUAGAAAAUGAGUUCCUUCCUGUCAUAUCCAAUGUAAAAAGUGGAAAGGAAGCAGAAGAAAUGCUAGAGACUUCAGAAGAGCCCUUAAGAUUGUGGGUCAACCAAACUUUUAAUUUACAGAAAGGACAAAAUGGAAAAACAAUCGAAGCUCAGCUGAGAAAUAAAAACAAUUACCCAGAAACAAAUGGGCAAAAUACAGAGUGUACAGCUGGAGUUUUAAGAAAAUGGCUUAAAACAAAUUUUAUGGCGUCAAGCACUAAUGUAACAGAACAAAAUUUUGUUCCCCAAAAUGACAAAGCUACACCAACAGAACCAUCACAGAUUAGUUUGAAAAAAAAAGUAAUGCUGUAUCAAAGAAAAAUCCUCAAAACUUGAAUAGAAAUU